GCCCUCACCGCUCGCAUCAUGAAGGUCUACGCCCUCGCUCUCCUCUCCGUAACCUCGGCCACCCCUGCCCAGGCCACGGUCCUCGGCUCGUCCCAGGAUCUCAGCUCCUUUUCCUUCUACCAGCGUGGUAGUGUGGGCGAGUUCAUGAACUUCUUUACAAAGACCGUUGCUGAGCGCACGCCGCCUAACCAGCCGUCAUCGGUAGAAGAGAACAACUACAAGGCGCACGUCUUCCGCAAUGCGAGCCGCACGCCUGGUGGCCUCAGCUUGGCCGCGGUCAUGAUUACCGACCUCGAGUACCCGUAUCGCCCCGCCUUCUCGCUGCUCACAAAGCUUCUGGACGAGAACGCUGGUCUUCUCCAGCAGCUCCCCAACCCUUCUGCAGCACCUUCCCUUGCGGCCGCGUCCGCAUCUGCGUUUGGCGGCAACCCAUCGCAGAAUGCCCAGGGCGGCCUCCCACCUGCCCAGAAGGGUAAGCUGGAGGGCACCCUCGCAUCGUACUUGGCGAAGUACCAGGACCCCAAGCAGGCCGACACCAUCAUGAAGGUGCAGGCAGAGUUGGACGAGACGAAGAUUGUUCUGCACAAAACCAUCGAAUCUGUUUUGGAGCGCGGUGAGAAGCUGGACAACCUCGUCGAGAGGUCAAAUGCGCUCUCCUCGCAGAGCAAAAUGUUCUACAAGACGGCCAAGAAGCAAAACUCGUGCUGUGUUAUCAUGUAAUCUCUAUAGACAUUCACGUUACGGUCAUGUUCACGCUUUGUUGCUCUCACCGAAAUGGUCAGGUGAGCCGAAGCGUAUGGUCCUUGG